GGCAUUCCGCCCAUGCCUUUUGCGUCCUCUCGGUCCAUAGCUAACGUACGCCCUGCCCACUGCCGUCUGAUGCCUACUGGGUUUGUUUAUCGUCAUCUACAAGCCAGUCAACAGCCUUUGUGACGCGGUCAUGUUAGUUAUACAAAAGGCCAUGUUUUACACAUUCCUUCUCCUGACUGCUCUGGGAUCGAGUUUUGUCCUUGGGUUCAGGUACUCAACAAUUUACAUGAAGGAUAACUGUGGCGAGUCGGUAUCGCUAGGCAGUGCAGGGUACGUGGAGUGGGACCGGCAUGGCAGAUCGUACGACCACAAUACCGACUGUUCUGUCAUCCUCAAGACAUCUAGUAGGAGUGUAAGGAUAUUACUGCAGUUCAUCAAUAUCGAUAUAGAGAGCAACGGCCAGUAUUCCUGCUAUGACUACCUGUAUCUGUACGAGGGCGCUGUGUCCAGUUUUAACCGCCCCGCCGCCGGCCACACCAAGGCCAUCUGUAACUCCCAGCCGAUUGUGGACUACACCUCAUCAUCAUCUGCAGUCACACUUCGCCUUGUUACAGACAGUUCCACCAGAGGGUCCUUCAAGAUACUUUACACGAGUUUCACGGAUCGUGUCGUCGGCACAGGUUGCCAUAAUAGCAGGUUCCUGUGCUCCAACUCCCGCUGUAUAGACCCGAAUCUGAAAUGCGAUCAAAUGGACAACUGUGGGGACGCCAGUGACGAGCCUGCCGACUGUCGUGCAGGCUAUCCUCUCAAUCACUGUGCUGACGGAGUUUAUGUAGACAGCCGCCAUAUGUGCGACGGUGUAACGGACUGUUCGGACAGGAGCGAUGAGUGGACGAGCGCCUGGGCCAUGUGUCCGGCCCGUGAGAUGCACGGUAGCUGCGGCUCGCUGGUGACUCUCCAGCCGGCCACGUCUGGGUACAUCGUGUACAGCCGUCGCGGGACGUACGGAGCCGGGACCGACUGUACCGUGCAGUUCAACACGCUGAGCGGAUACGCCAUACGACUGGAGAGUUGGGACGUCGACGGGAUGGACCACCGCUGCUACGACAGUCUAUUCCUCUGUGACGGCAUCACCGGAAGCUGUGACGACUGGGAGGAGGACUUCAGUCUGUGCUACACGUCACCAGACAGCACCUCCUACGUCACUUCCGGGCAGGACCUCACAGUUCGACUGUCAUCGAGCAGGGCUGGCAACUUCAAGAUAUUUUACAGAAUCGAGCAGGGAGGUGCCACUAACAGCAGCACCGUCGUGACCGUAGUGGUGGUGAUUGUAGUGGUUAUCUUGGUGCUCGCUGUUGUGGUAUACUGCUGCGGUAAAAGGAGCCGGGGCGGCGGCAGUCAAACAGUGGAGGACAGAUCUGUCCAAUACCCGGGGGAGACACCAGGAGACAGCAUUCACUUACACCCUACUACUGUAGUCCACACCGACCGACCGCACACAGUGGGCACACCUACAAUCGAACGCGUCCCGCCACAGCCUAGUCCCCGACAAUACUCGUAUCCCUCCGCGCCUCCGCAGCCAACGAACAGCGCCCUGCCCCCCUCCGUAGUGGUAGAGCCCCCUACCCCUGCGUCAUCAGAGAUAGGAGAGCCCGUCACCCCACCCCCCUCGUAUGACCAGGCGCUAUGGAUGCCAAAAGAACCACCGGCCUCGGCAGGGCAAUCAUCCUACUUGCGGGGUCAAAGGGUGACGUCGAAGAAUCGCCCAUCUCUCGACCAGGGCUCUCGACCAACGUUUACGACUUGUACUACUACUAGUAUUAUAUUGGACGUAUGCGGCGUAUUCACAGCAGUCUUUUCACUUCGACAUAUGCAUAGCCUUGUUCAGCGUGCAGAGAGAACAGAGCGCAAGAUUCCAGAGGAAGUGAGGAGACGGGAACGCCCGGCCCGACAUCUGUCAACGUGCAACUCAGAACAUCACAGACCAACGAUGUUUUUCACAUUAACGAUUCUGGUGGCGCUCUGUGAUGGCGGUGUUCUCGGUGACGGGUACCGCGAUCUUGCAGGGAGGUUUACAGAGGAGAUGUACGAUAAAUGUUGGACAGAGGUGUAUCUGCCAGCUGACAAGGCGGGCUAUAUCACGUAUCACCGGGCCGGCCCGUAUCCGCCCUACACAGAAUGUGCCGUCAACUACUACACAGACUCUGGCUACGUCAUCAGUUUGGAGGCUUUCAACUUGACCGGCAUGCCUGGCGACUGUUCUGACUACAUAUUUGCGUGCAAUGAGAAGGAUUUCCUGUGCGACACAGACAGCAGUUCUGUUCACUACUGUUGGAGAGGAGUUCACUACAGCCAUGACGUGUCCUGGGGACAGAGCAUCACAAUCCGCCUCUUCUCCGACCAUUCCACGCAGGGGACCUACAGCAUCGAGUACAGGGUGGAGGAAGCCAAAACCGACAGCGACACCAUUGUGUACAUUGUUGUGGGGGUGAUCGCUGCUGUGUGCGUCUUCGUCGCCAUCAUCUUCAAAUGUUGUAGGAACCAUGAUGACGACGACCUCCCGCCUUUGAAUAUUCCUCCGGUUACUGCAACAAGAGGCCCUAAUGCCUCCGUGCUCAGGAACGCUCGACCGUUUACAAGUACACCAGAACGAAACUCAGAUGAAUUUACUAGUACCGAGUGGGCGCUGCAGUGUUUCUGUGGGACGGAGCAGAAUUUCCAGAACCUCCCGGCUGCCCUGAGUGACUCGGAAUGUAACUCGGACUGUUCCGGCAACAAUGCUGAAAAAUGUGGCGGGAGUCUGAAGCUGUCUGUGUACGCAGUAGUGGCGAUUUCACCACAACCAGCAUCAGGCCUUGGACUCGGAGCCAUCAUCGGGAUCGUGGUGGGUGUGAUCGUCUUCCUCACCGUCAUGUUCACCAUCAUCUGCGUGUUGGCCUGUCAGAGCAAGCCGUCCAGCAGGGUCACCGCCACGGGCGUGUCCACCGGCGGGAACACCGUGGUCCACACCAACCACAUGGGCGCCAACACCGUGGUGCACACCAACAUGAUGUACCCCGUCAACGGGAUCGUCGUGCAGCAGAGCGGGGCGUACCCCAUGGCGAUUCAGCAGCCUUACCAGCAACCCAUGCAACCCCCAGGUUACCAGCCCAUGCAAGCUCAACAGGCUCCGGGUUACCCGCAAUCUAACCAACCCGUUCAGCCUCAGCCGCAAUCCAGUCACAUCCCCCCUCCUCCGGCCUACGAAGAACCUGCCAAACCGUCCGAUGGCCAACUCUACGCUUAGCAGACUUAAGCCCACAUGUCGACUGUGACCAUCCUCCAGCUACCAAUCGAGCCAUUCCUAUGGAGUGGUGGGGAUCUGAUACUGCAAUGCUAGCUCUGAUAUUGAUUACGUUUAAAACUGCUAUUGGGGAAAGCAAUACUCUGGAUAUAUCACAGAGAAUUGAUGUUUUAGCAACACGCUAAACUUGUAAAAAGAAAGUAUUGUUUAGUCUUACUACACCUGGACAAUAGUCGAAGCUAUGACAACAUCUCACGUUUUGAAUGUCAGAAUCUAUCAUUGUUAUUUGUGUGCGGCCAUAUAAUUUUCCCAGCAAAAGUUUCUGUGAUGUCCAAGAUCUGGAUUAUUCCAUGUGCAAUCGUCUAACACACUAGAAGACAGUAACCAUUAUUACGAAGUAAAUUUCACCACUGUCCAUACAGUGAAAGCGCGGGCCAAUGAGAAGCCUGAUUAUGCACUAUCCUUUGUGUAUAUAUAUAGAGAGAGACUCGUAUAUGCUGCAUUGUGUUGCUACUAUGGUUUAUUGCAUGAGUGGGAAACUGUACAUUUUAAAACUAUAUCCAGAUUGGUUAUACAGACAAUAUAUAGGUUUCUAUAGAUUAAAAAAUUAUAUAGAUUCGGAUGAGUAAAUAGAGUAUGUGAAUUUGAUCUGGUACUCAGUUACCUCAAAUUUCAAAUGUUUUGACCAGUCAGUUUGUC